GGUAGGUUCCGGAACACUUCAAGCUUAUAUCCGCAUUUAUCUAUGUUUUUUAAAAAGCACUUGAUCUUUGAGACUAGCCGUAUAUCUGAUGCAUUCAUAGCGGUCAUUGCUGGAGGAAAGGAUAAAGAAACAUUAAUGUGCGAUUGUGAAUGUUGUACCGCAAAAUCUGCCAACCAAAAUUGUUAAAAAGUAGUAUAUUUAAUUAGAUUUUGCAAUAGGAAUAACAAAUAUAAUACAUGUACGCCAUUUUACAACAGGAGUAGCGCUUCCUUUGAUUUUUCUGCGAUAUAUCGACCGCGGUGUUUUGACUGGCAUUCAAAUGUGACCUACAUUGAUUGUUUACAGACUUUUAAGUAGGGAAACCCGUGAAUGACUCUACACUAUCAACUAGCUUUGGUUUCAACUGUAUUGUUCACCCUCAAGACCUGUUAUCCCAAACAAUGCAUCGAAUCAUUUCCAACGAUAAAAGAAGUGAAACAAUGUCCGAUGACAGAGGAAGCAUGGCAGAAUGCUGCCAAGAAGAAAAGAUGUGAUGCACUUGCAAAUCUACAGACCUGUGUCCCUGAGCCUGGGAGGUUCGUGUACCAUUGUCUAGUGAAUCAGUGGGAAAAUGGGACGGUGGAAGUCUGUGCUCCAAUAUGGAUUCUUACUGGAUAUUGCGGGUACUAUGAUACAGAAAUUGGCAAAAUUGUCAACGAUGUAAAGAAAGACUGCACAACGGAUGAUGACCCCUGCCCACCUAGAUACAAUUCCUCCGAGUCUUUCAAAUAUUCCAAAUGCUUUGAUGUGAAGAGGAGAAAAGAAAAUACAGUCCAGGGCUGCAAAAGCUCAACAGAUUCACACAAUGAGUGGAUGAUUGUAGCAAUUAUCCUUGCUAUAGGUUCCUGUAUAGUGAUCGCUGUUAUAUGCUGGUGGUCAAGAAGAACAUCUGACCAAAAUUCACAAGGACAAGUUCGAGUUAAUGGCGAAGAGGCUUUACGUUUGACCAAUGAACCAUCCGAUGCCAGUGCAGCUGUUUCAACCAAAGAGGACAUAAUUGAAGAAAAACGGACAAGUGGUGACAUAACACCAAUUGCGUUCUAUGGCAACGAAUUUGUGUACAGAGCAACACCAGCGAAACAUGUAUAUAGCAGUGGAAGUUCAAGUCAUAUACAUUCGGACCUUCUUGACACCGCUACUUCAGAUGGAAUGGAAACGGAUAAGGGCGACAAUGCGCUUUCAGAAAGCUAUCCUCGGAUGCCAGAUUCCUACAGUUCAAAAAGGAGACGAAGAAGAAGAAAGAAAAAUAAACAUCAUAUAGACGAUUUUCGUGUGAAGGGUAAAGGAGGUAAACAAUGAGGAAAUGCCUAUACUUCUAUCCAAGAGAAGGAGGACAAGGACGCUGAUAACCAUCACAGUCAGUGUUGCCAUCGAUUUCACUAGUAGGCUGCUCACAUUUAGGCAUGAGAAGUGUUGAUGACUGACUGUUCUGUUGGAGAUAUCUGUCUUCUUGUGAAUUCGAUGAAUCUUCCUCGUCGUUUUCAAUGGUUUCGUACGGAUUUGCCUCAGUUUGUUGAUGUUUGUCAUCGGACGUUGUGCUUGACUCAGGGACAGACAAUCCAAUUAAAUUUUUAUCAUAUUCAAGUGCUUGUAUUGGUUCGUAAUAUACAGGAAUGUUUCGAUUCCUUACAAAGUCAUUUACAACGACUCUUCUUCUUUUCCGACAUUUAUUUAUUGCAUAAAUGGCAGCUACCGUUACAAAUACUAUAAACCCUAUUGCAAGAAUUAGGUAAAGCGGAUCAUUGAUAAGUAAUUGAUCAGUAAAAUUGCUAGGGAAUCGCACAUUACUGAAUCUUCCCGUGGAUGCAGUAGACUGUGAAGAAGAGUUGUAAGAUUUAGAUACUGUUAUAUUCCUAAAUGAUGCCGUUGCGGUGAAUCUUUCAUUUGGAUAAUUACUGGUAGAAUAUGUUAAGACUGUAAUACGCUGUGUUCCUGUAUUAACAUGAGAAGUAGUAGAUUGAAAUGGUGUGUGAUUUACGGUGGUCAUGUGCCUAGCCCCUGCAGUUGUUUCUCUAGUUGUGGUUUUGUAAAUUUCUGAAAAAGAUAAGAUAUAAAUACAAAAAAAAAAAGUUUUCCAAUCUACUUAUUUUUCUUGUGAACAUUUUGUUACAUUUGUUUAAUAUUAAAAAAAUACUUUUC